UCCAAAUAAUCGUAUUAGAGUUAAUUACAGUUGAUAUUGGGAGCAUAAACACGUGGAAAACUUGCAAUCAUGGCGGCUGUCGCAGCUGCGAAAGUUCAAGAAGUUCGUGAAAUCACUAGGAUAGAGAGAAUUGGUGCCCAUUCUCAUAUUAGAGGUUUAGGCUUAGAUGAUAGCUUAGAACCACGUAAUGUGUCACAGGGGAUGGUUGGUCAGCUCACGGCACGUCGUGCUGCUGGUGUUGUCCUUGAAAUGAUUAAAGAUGGAAAGAUAGCAGGUCGAGCAAUAUUAUUAGCAGGUCAACCUGGCACUGGCAAGACUGCUAUUGCCAUGGGAAUGGCUCAAGCUCUUGGAAUGGAUACUCCAUUCACUUCGAUGGCUGGUUCCGAGAUAUAUUCUCUGGAAAUGAGUAAAACAGAAGCUCUGACUCAGGCUAUAAGAAAAUCUAUCGGUGUUAGAAUUAAGGAAGAAACAGAAAUUAUAGAAGGCGAGGUGGUUGAAAUUCAGGUGGAUAGACCUGCCACAGGGGUUGGUGCCAAAGUUGGUAAAUUAACCCUGAAGACAACAGAGAUGGAAACGAUCUAUGAUUUGGGAAACAAGAUGAUUGAUAGUCUAAUGAAGGAAAAAGUACAAGCAGGGGAUGUAAUAACGAUCGAUAAAGCUACAGGAAAAAUCAACAGACUGGGUAGAUCUUUCACCAGAGCUCGUGACUACGACGCGACCGGUUCGCAGACUCGUUUCGUACAGUGCCCUGAGGGCGAAUUACAGAAACGUAAGGAAGUAGUGCACACGGUCACGUUGCAUGAAGUCGACGUCAUAAAUAGUAGAACUCAUGGAUUUCUGGCAUUAUUCUCUGGAGACACGGGAGAAAUAAAAUCAGAGGUGCGAGAUCAAAUAAACGCUAAAGUCGCAGAAUGGCGGGAAGAAGGAAAGGCAGAAAUCGUACCUGGUGUCCUGUUCAUCGACGAGGUUCACAUGUUGGACAUCGAAUGUUUCUCCUUCCUCAAUCGGGCACUUGAAAACGAGAUGGCACCAGUUGUAAUUAUGGCUACGAACAGAGGUAUUACAAGGAUCAGAGGAACAAACUAUAAAAGUCCCCAUGGUAUUCCUAUCGAUUUGCUAGAUCGUAUGAUCAUCGUUCCAACGAGUCCAUACCAGGAGAAGGAAUUGAAGGAGAUUUUGAAGAUUAGGUGCGAGGAGGAGGACUGCGAAAUGGCUGACGAUGCUUUAACAGUGCUCACGAGAAUCGCGUUGGAGACGUCGCUUAGAUACGCGAUUCAAUUGAUAACUACUGCAUCUCUCGUUAGUCGACGAAGAAAGAGUACCGAAGUGAAUAUCGAUGACGUGAAGCGUGUGUAUUCGCUAUUUCUCGAUGAACAUAGAUCUGCACAGUUCCUCAAAGAAUAUCAAGACGAUUUUAUGUUCAAUGAAAUGCCGGAAGAAUCGAUGGAAAUAUCGUAACGAUAAAUAGGUAAAUAAAUAAAUAAAUAAAUCGCCCUUAUUCCGACAUUGUUCAAUAAACAUUCAUAAUUUUUUACUUAAUGGUUCUAUGAUAUACCUUUGAAGUGUCAGUCAGUUUUAUCCAAGUGUCGAGU